GAUGACGUCAUAGAUCCGCGACAGUGGUACUACUCACGUGUCCGCUCUACUCUGCUGCAUCAGCUGUGUGUUUAUUUCUUCAUUUUACUAUAUUUUGUUGCUUUUCUUAUAUAAAUAGCAUUCACCAUGAGCUCACAGAUCACUUGUGUGGGGUGGGUUAAGAGAGGUGUUGCCAAAGAAACUCCGGACAAAGUUGAACUUAGUCAAGAGGAGCUUCAGCGCAUUAUUACUGAAGCAAAAGAGGAGCUGGGUGAACAAGCAGCUGAGGAGGACGAUGAAGAUGAGGGAAUUACUGAUGACCUUAACUCAAACAGUGCUAAUACAGAUGACACUGUUCAAAGUAAUGAGAAUGAAGGAGAAAAGGACGAAGAGGAUGAGUUGGCAGAGUAUGGGCUGGACCAAUAUGAUGAAGAAGACACGGUCACAGCUAAUCUCGGAGACAGUCUUGCUGGUCUCACAGUCUUCUCCUCCAAUGAAGAGGAUCCUUACAUCACCAUCAAAGAUACUGAUCAGUAUGAGCGUGAAGACUUUCAGGUAAAACCCAGUGACAAUCUAAUUCUUGCCGGAAAAACAGAGAAGGAUUGUUGUAAUUUGGAGAUCUAUGUGUACAACUCUGAGGAGGACUCUCUCUAUGUGCAUCAUGAUAUCCUGUUGCCAGCCUAUCCUCUUUGUGUUGAAUGGCUGGACUUUGAUCCAAGUCCCGGAGAAGGACCAGGUAACUAUGCUGCAGUGGGUAAUAUGACUCCUCAGAUUGAUGUGUGGGAUCUAGAUGUAGUGGACUGCUUAGAGCCAGCUUUUUCACUUGGAAGCAAAAAAGCUGCAAAGAAGAAGAAGAAAAACAAGAAGGGGGCAGCAGCUCAGCCUGUUGAAGGACACACUGAUGCCGUGUUAGAUUUAUCAUGGAACAAACUUGUAAGAAAUGUUUUGGCCAGUGGUUCAGCAGACGAUACAGUUAUCUUGUGGGAUCUAACACAGGGGAAACCAGCUACAACACUGCAAAAACACACUGAUAAGGUUCAAACAUUAGCUUUCCACCCAUUUGAGGCACAGACAUUGAUAUCAGGAUCUUAUGACAAGACAGCUAUUCUUUAUGACUGUCGUAGUCCCGAUAACAGCUACAGGAGUUGGAGGUUUAGUGGUCAAGUCGAGCGGCUUGUCUGGAACCACUUUUCACCUUGUAAUUUUCUGGCCAGCACUGAAGACGGUUUUGUCUAUUGCCUUGAUGCACGUUCAGAUAAACCUGUUUUCACUCUUAGGGCACAUGAUGAAGAAGUGUCAGGUUUGGACCUCAGUAGUCAGAUAAAGGGAUGUCUUGUCACUGCAUCAGCUGAUAAACAUGUUAAAAUAUGGGACAUUUUGGGAAACAAACCCAGUCUAGUGCACACAAGGGAUAUGAAGAUGGGCGUAAUGUUCUGUUCGGCGUGCUGCCCUGAUUUGCCCUUUGUCUACGCUUUUGGAGGACAGAGAGAAGGUUUAAGAGUUUGGGAUAUCGGUGACGUUGCUGCAGUGAAAGAGGUGUUUGGGAGUCGGGAGCGAUUAGUAGUGAACACCGGAACUCAGGCAGCCAGCACUUCUGGUUCAGCAGAAAUGGAUCUCUCUUAAAAAAAUAUUUAUUGAUAACAAUUUUAUACACACAAGGUAUCUAAAUUUGGAAAAAAUAAAAAGCUGACGCGCCACUUGUCCCUUUUUUAUUGCGGCUUUGGGCUGCACUUGUCACCAAACAAGUCAAAACAUUGCAAGUGCUGAUGCACAAAAUGCAAAAACAUGGGUUUUCCAGGCGUCGCCAUGGCAACACUGUGCAAAAUACAAACUUGGCCCCCUGGACUUUUUUUGACGGGGACGACCUGAAGAAUCACCGUGCCAAAUUUUAUGUUCGUCGUUGACGGUAAUAAGUCGUUAUAAUACUUUGAAAUCUACGAAAAUUUUGAAAUUUUCCCAUUAGGAUAACAUGGGCGCUUUCGCGCAUCGCCAUGGCAACCCAGUGAAACAAAUUGCAUGGGUCCUAUUGACUUUUUUCAUCAGGAUGACAUGACGAGUCAUGGUGCCAAAUUUCACAUUAUUCCAUGAAACUAAUAUUUUUCCCAUUGAAGGGUAUGACAAAUAAUAAAGCUUCUGAGUUGCAUUACAAAUACAUAUAUCAAAAUUAUUGAAUGCAUAUUGAUUGAAUAAAGUUUCUUAGGUGCAUCACAUCUACAUAUAUAUCUUUUGACACUGAAAUCAUAGAAGUUUUGAAUAUUGUCAUGUAACCACUAUUUGUAUACUGAAUUCAUGUAUCCUUUGAAUAUUGUACUCGUUUGAAGGUCAUCUAAUGGGCACCAUGUUCAUGCUAAAGUUUGAACAAUAUGUACUAACACCAAAACUAUUCACUCAGUAUAAUAUUCCAAUAUUAAAGGAGGCAUUGUAAGAUGUGAGUUAUGGGGGGCAGCCAGUUCUUUGUAGAAACUCCUUUCACAGAGAUAAGGCAGCAGGACGAGACCCAAGGCCGAAAAACAAACCGGUGCUGCCCGGAGAAGUGAACGAGGCUGGAAGGAGGAACCAAGACGUCAACCUACUCAUCACAAUAUUUGCAUAUUCAUGUUACAUGUUACAUUUUAUCCUUUGGGGCCAGGGAAAAGCAGACAGACUGCCUGCUGCACAAACGAGGGAUAGAUCAUUUUGACCCCGG